AUGGGUGACCCACGUGUGUGUUUUUCAGAGGCCACGUCAACGACGCUGGCCCAGCGUGAUGUGGAACUAAAACUUCUAGAGUUUCUGCAAUUGUAUCAACCUGAAGUAUAUGCUCUUUGGGCUUCACAUCCUGAUGCUAACUUUGAUGAACAUGGUGGAGAAAAAAUACAGGGUGAUGAUGAAAGUAAGAGUAGUUCUGCUGGUAAUCUUCAUUUGUACCGUAGCGUGCAUGAAAGAUAUGUUUUAUUAUCCCUAUUGGGGUUUAAGGAUGCUGUGGAAAGGCAAUAUUGUGUGCAACCAUGGAUUGUUUUUUGGGUUUUACAUACAGCAGAAUUACUUGGUUUUAAAGAAGAGUUGUACAAGAAUAUUUCGCCUGAUGCACUCGGAGAAUUCCUCCUUGCUUGUCUUCAAGAAGAAAAAGCAGACACCAGUAUGAGUACCAAAAGUAGUGAUACGAAUGUACUCAAGGGAGAAAUUAACAAUGACGACAAGAAGAAUGAUAAUACAACUCAAAAUACGAACUGUUCAGAAACAGUCUUCUUGCAACCCUCUGAUAAGUUACUUGAUGAUUCUAAUGAUGAUGGAAAACGUCUUGUGGGAUUUGCAGGUGGCCGAUUAGCGCAAAAACCACAUCUUGCUGCAUCAUAUGCGGCGGUGUGUGCACUUUGUAUGCUAGGGAAUCCAUUACAUUUGCGUUCUAUUCCUAGAGCAGCUAUUAAAAGAUGGUUGCUUGAACUUCGUGAAGAUGAUGGGAGUUUCCGUGUACAUAUUGGUGGAGAGGCAGAUGUCCGAGCGUCCUACUGUGUAGCCGUCCUCGUGACGCUGCUGCAAUUGGAAGAUGUUGUGGCUUACAAAGAUGGACGAGAUGAGAAGAUUCUGACUAGACAAGCAGCAGAAUUUGUAGCAUCUUGCCAGACACAUGAGGGUGGCUUUUCAUCUGCGAGUGGGGCAUCAGAGGCCCAUGGGUCUUAUACAUUGUGUGGACUUGCCAGCCUUCUGUUGAUGCAGCAACCGCAUUUGUGUAAGUACACCUCCCUGCGUCGCUGGUUGGCAUCACGGCAAAUGAAAUUUGAGGGUGGAUUUAAUGGACGAACUAAUAAACUUGUGGAUUCAUGUUACUCGUACUGGGUGGGUGCUUCACAUGUGUUGAUGGGAGUAGGUGAGGCCUAUGCACGAUUUUUUACACAAAAAGGCGGGGCUCAGUCUCUUACAGCGCGAGAGAUUAUGUUGCUUGAUCAGGCGCAGUUAAUUGAUGUAUCCAGUAUAUCUCUUAUUAAUGAAGAUGACUGGUAUAAGGCGGAGGAAACGUGUCAAGAGCAAUUAGGGAAUGUUAAAGCAUUUAUGAAUACUCUUUCAUCACCUUCUACCUCUUCCUUCUUUGAUGAGGAAGUUGGAGAUUUUUUAUUUAAUCAGAGACGUCAAAUGUUGUAUAUUCUAUCUUGCUGUCAAGAUAAAGUGAUGGGUGGACUAAAAGAUAAACCAGAAUGUCCAAAUGACACCUAUCAUACAUGUUACGCCCUUUCUGGUAUGAGUUUAGCCCAAAACCUACAAUACAUGCCCACUCCACCUCUUUCUGAAGGAAUUAUUUACAAAGAAUCAAUUUCUCGUGGAUAUAUCCCUGGGGAACGCGAUGAAUAUGGUGUUGUACUAACAUUAAAUGAUAGUAACAAUGACAAAAAGAAGGAAGAGAAAAAUCAGGAGCUACUAUGUCCUAUAAAUCCCAUAUUUAAUAUUCAUCGAAGUGGUGUCUUGACUGCACUGCGUUUGUGGGGAGGAAAAUCUUUUCUCUGCUAA